AUGGACGUUGAGUACCAGCAUCGAUGCAAAGCCUACCGCUUUGUGGCCUAUUCGGCUGUUGCCUUCUCGGUGGUCGCCAUUAUUGGUGCUGCCACCACCCUCCCCAUGGUGUACAAUUAUGUACACCAUGUACGCCGUACGAUGCACUCUGAGCUCAACUAUUGCCGGACGUCGGCCCGUGAUAUAUGGUCCGAGGUUAACACCAUGAAGACCACUGGCAAUCGUACCGCCCGUCAGGCUGGAUACGAUUCUGGCGAUAGUGGUGUGAUAGGAGGUGGCAACACUGGAAACACCGGCGGCUAUCGUGGCGGCGGAAACGACUGUACCGCUUGCUGCUCCGGUGGAGGUGCCGGACCAGCUGGACAGCCAGGAAACCCUGGACGACCAGGAAACCCCGGAGCUCCUGGAGCCCCAGGAAACCCAGGAAGACAAACUACUCAACCAUGCCCCGUGUACACACCUGCUCCAUGCAACCCUUGCCCAGCUGGACCACCUGGACCACCAGGAGCCCCUGGACAGCCCGGAGAUCCUGGACGCGACGGAAACCCAGGAGGACCCGGAAACCCAGGAGGACCAGGAACACCCGGACCAAAGGGACCACCAGGACAAAGCGGAAACCCUGGAAGCCCAGGAUCCCCAGGACAGCCUGGACAGCCCGCCAAUUCCAUUCCAGCCACCCCCGGAGCUCCUGGACCUGCUGGACCUCCCGGACCUGCAGGA